AUGGAAGAGGGAAGGAAAAGAAAGGCAAAGGACCAAUUGUCGCCAUAUUCCAAUCCGGUUGAGGAGAGUGACCAGCAUAGUGGUGUUGUAGAGCCUCUUCCAUUGAUUCACAAGAAGAGGGCCAAGGCAAGGGUUGGGGAUUCAUCAAUGAUUGCAAACUCCGAAUCUCUGAAAGGGGUGCUGAGUUCUGUGAAUAUCCUAAAGCCGAGGGGAGGAGGCAACGAUAGAAUAAGCGGUCUGAACAGAUGCUUUGUCAAUGCUGUGCAGAAGGUGGUUGAGAAGGAAUCCAACAAGAGUCUUUUGUAUUUAUUUAGGCAAUACGAGAAGUAUUACAGGGAGUUGACGGAAUCGAAUGAUUGA